GAAGAAGAAGUUAUUUCCGCAUUUCUUAAACACGCGUGUUACUAUCGUAGUUGACUGGUGUAUAAUAUAGUAAUGGGUAAACUCAAGAAAUCCCGCAAUCGCAAUACGUUUAAUUACAAUACCAAUAAAAAGAAUCUGAAGAAAAAGUUAAGGAGAAAGGGGAAACCGCACAUUGAAUGUCCUCAGAUCAGAAAGGCUUGGGAUGACAAAAAAACUGCAAAGCAAAAUCUUCAAGACAUGGGAUUGUUACUUGGAACCAAAGGCAUGCUUCCCAUUAAAGUUAAACAGGACAAACAGGAACGUGAACCAAUGGAGACAAAUGUAUUACUCAAACCCUACGUCAUCAAAGAAAUGGAGGCAGAGGCCAGUCUCAAGGGGAAAGACAGAACAACAUGCUCCACUGAUAUGACUGAAUAUGUUCAACACAUGGUUAGGGAACACAAUGAGGAUUACAAGGCAAUGGCAAGGGAUGAGAAGAAUUACUAUCAGGACACACCAAAACAGAUCAAACGGAAAGUUGAAUUAUACAAACGAUGUCAUCCUGAGGAGUAUGCUGCGUUCAUUGCAUCCCUACCAGCUCAGAUGUCCACAUAACAACGAAGAGAUGGAUUUGAAUAGUGUUUCUCAAAUUGACCUCCAGAACAUUAUCUUAGCAUGUGUCUUUAUGGGCUGCAAAUGUUGGAAUAUAUGUUAAAGAAAUGGUUUACACAAAAAUGAUAAUUCUCUCAUCAUUUACUCCCCUUUAUGACUUUUCUUUUUCUGUGGAACACAAACGGAGAUAUUGUGAUUGAGAUAUGAGGUGUUUUUGUCCAUACAAGUCAUACGAAAGUCAUAGGAGUUUGAGACGGCAUAAGAAUAUGGAGCCCCUUAGAGGACAGGACGGGAAUUUUUUUUUCUGAAAUAGUUUGCGUUCCCUCGCAAUAUGUUUUGCAUGCCCUCGCAAUAAAUUUAACAUGGUUUUACUACAGUAAACAUAUUUUAACCAUGAUAUUCGUAGUGAAACCUUAGUGAUAAUACAGUAAAAUGAAAACUAUAGUAAUAAAAAUCAUUAUUUUGUGAUUAUGGUUUUACUAUACGAAUACCACAGUUUAACUAUGGUUUUACUAUAGUAAUAUUGUAGUAACCAUGACUGUUGUAGGCUAACCAUGUUUUGUUUUUGGGUGGAAAAAGUAAUUUAAGUAACCAUGUUUUUUUUGGGUGGAAACCAUGGUUUUAAUACAGUAUACUGUAUCCAUAUAGUAACUAUGGUUUUACUAUAGAUUAACCAUUGUAAUUAUUGUGGUUACUACAAAUUUGUUGUAAAAUCAUAAUGGCAGAAUUAUGAAUUAUUUCCAUAGUUUUCAUUUUUCUGUAUUAUUACUAUGGUUUUACUAUGAAUAUUAAGGUUAAAAUAUGGUUACUAUAGUAAAACCAUGAUCAAUUUAAUGUGAGGGCACACAAAACUAUUCCAGAAAAAAACAAUUCCCACCCUGUCCAUACAAGGCAUUAAAAGAUGAGAAAAUUAUCAUUUUGGGUGAACUAUUCCUUUAAUGUCAAUUAUUGCAUCUUAUAGUAAUUUUUAUUUCUAUUAGUAAUUAUAGAUAUUUACUUUUGAAUGCUUCUUUUGAUUGUGAACAUCUUGAGUACUUCCUGAAUUUUUAUAGUUUUUAUGCUUUGAAGAAAACCCCCAAAAAACAAACUGUUUUCACAGAAAAUUUAUUAAGUCAAACUUUCUGACUUAAACACAUCUGGUUUGUUUCAACAAAAUAAGUAUAAUACAACAUAACCAUCUGACACAAUGAAACAUUAAGACAAUAAUCUAAUAAAUUUGUACACAUUGUAAGCAGUGCUGCAGUAGUGCUCCUAUAGACAUGUGACAUGCUGAAUAAAGUGUGCAUGGCUGGUUGGAAAUUAGUUAAAAUUAUGUAUGAAGUCUGAACGUGUCUGAGAGUAACCGUUUUAUAUGUUAAAUAGUUGUUUCUGUUCAAGGUGCUUUCUAGGAACUGUAAAUGUAUAAGAAUUAUGAUUGUUACAAAUUGGCAUUGAAAAUUGUAUAAACCCCCACACUAUAUAAAACUGCUAUGUUUCAAAUUGU